CGUGCUUGUUUACUGGAGCAGCGGUUUUGGGAGAGCAGCGUGGUGUUAAGCGGCAAGAGGUCGCGCGGUGCCGCUGCUUUGCAGGCAAGCGUCGACGCACAGCGUCUUGGAGCUACGUUUAAGCCGAGACGUAUUUGACGGCCAGCAGGCGCCGAGUAUACCGUGUUUUAGCCUGCUUUGUUUGAUUUUCAAAUAUACCAUCCCAUACCAUACCAUACCAUACCAUACCAUACCAUACCAUACCUAGCUCCACAAGACGACGAGCCCGCCGCCGAAGCGCGCGCGCACGUGACCGACUCCGGCCCCUGUGUUAUACAUAUGUUUGCUUAUAGCUGUCGGGCGCUCCUGUCCUUUCUUCCGUCACCCAACGCGCGGGCCCGGGUGCCACUGUUUCUUUGCGAGAGCCGGGCUCCCCGAGAGGCUGCCCCAGUGGCAGUGCUGGCCAUCAGGUGUGGAUAGCCUUCGGCGUCGGACCUACAGGCGUCGCUACGGCUGCCCAUCGGGCGCGUCCUGAGCUGGACGCCAGAAACAACUAACACCGCUACACGCCGCCGCUGCGCCAAAAGGAAGCGCAACGAUGGGUAGAACUAGAAACGCCCACAAGAAGCGCCUCCUCGAGAGGCAAAAGACGACGGAGAGCGAGUUUUAUCGACGAGGCCAUGAAGGCCUGCGGCCACUUAAGAGGGUCGUCUGCUACAAGGACGCGGACGAGACAACUGAUGACUCUGAUGGAGAUUACCUUCAAGAGAAGACGACGAGGAAGAGGGCGCGGACGCAGACGCAGCCGCGGACGCGACGCGAGGUGGUAGUCUUUACGAGGAUGAUGACCCGCGGGUGGCGGCGCCCCACAUUAUUGCAGCUUACCUACUACGAUUGCCCGUCCAGCCGCAUGCGCGCCAUCAAGGUGUGGGGCUCUGAGAUUCCGGCUCCGGACCGAAGGCAGGCGACCCAACGCCGCGUGUUCGAGGGGAAGUUCAUCAACGGCAAAAGGGUCAUCGGCACCUAUGCUGAUAAAAAGUCAAUGACCUUGCACACGCUGGACCAACCGUCAACAAGCGUCUACAGUGGCGGACGGCCGUACGUUGCAACGGGACCAGGAGAGGACGAGCGCGAGAACACCGGGUCCCACCUGGACAUAAGCCUGCGUCUCAUGAGUUUUCCCGAGGAACAUAAUAUGGUGGCCUUUGCGCGCAUAGAAGAGGCCAUGAAGCGUCGCAAAAAAGACACGCGGCUCGUCCGCUUCAUCAACCGGGCCUUUCCCUUUGAGACGGCGUGCCGCUUCCUGCGCGCGGCCAUCAAGGAGCACGGCGCCGAGGACAAGUACGUCGUCCAAAUGUCCGUCUGCGGCGCGAUGCUCAACGCCGGCGGCGAAGCCGCGCGCGCCGUGGCCGGUCCGAUGUUGCUCCUCGCGAAAAAUUACGAGGCGUGCCGGACCUGCGAGGCGUUCCAUAACGCGCGGACGGAGCUGCGCGGUGAGGCCGAGGUCCAGAAAUUCAAGGCCGUCGUCCUGGGCGAGGCGGGCGACCGCUACGUCAUGGACAUCGGCGACGGCCGGGGCGAGGCCUGGCACGCCGUCGACUGCACGUGGGAUCAGCUGGCCGCCGACAUGAAGAAGUCCCUGGACGACGUUUUGAAAAAGCGGAACCUGCGGCGCGAGAACGUCUUCGUGUACUGCGACGCGACGCCCCCGUGCUCCGGCAUCUCCCCCGUGAGCCACCCGUCGGACGAGGUGAAGGCGUCGUGUAUGAAGCUCAUCAAGCAGACCGACGCCUUCGUCCAUCGGAUGCACGCCGCGGGCGUCUUCGACGCGGCCUUGUUCGAGAACGUCAAGGCGUGCAUCGACGCUUGGUAGGCGGGCGUUUUGAGAGGAGAGGAAACAAAACCGAAAGUGCCGCCGCGGCGGCGGCGCUGGGUGUAAUGCGAGCAGGCGGGUGGCAAGCCGCGAGGCGCGACGCAGAGUCGUGUAAGCAUUAUUGCUUUG